CAUCGUUCAGCUCCUUCAGCUCCUUCAGCUCCUUCAGCUUCUUGCUACAGAGCGACGGUUUACGGAGCCCUUGUUUUUCUCUUGCCUCCACGCCUCCUGGGUGUCACCUACAGAUUCCCAAUUCCCUGCAUGUUACGCAGAGCCCUUCUCGCAAAUCAAGCGGAGCUGUCCAGCUGUUUACAAUGGUGGACGCGGCAAUGAUCGCCCUCCUGUGGACGCAGCGUGGCCAGAACAAGCAAAAGUUGUAAGGGGCGACAAUCUGAUACUGAGCUAUUCUCCACAGCUUGGCAAGCCCUGCAGACGCGAGGAAGUUGAGCAAGUCGCUGUCAAAUGAAAGACCGAAUUUUCAAUAUAGAUAAUUCCUGCGGUCCUCCGAGUUUGUUUGACAUUCUGGUUGUACAAAAUGUCGCCAGAUCAUGGCAACGGCAAUGGGUAUUCGGCCUCAGGGUAUACAGAGCUGGUUCACAUCGCCUGCAAUGGCCACAAGCACGAUAGAACCUCUGGAGAAGGGACCUGAGAGCACAACCGAUUGUCUCCUUUGUACAGUACAGUAACUAACAGGGACUUCCUGAUAACAGUUACAUAGACGGGCAAUCCUCAAGUACGAACUGUUUGAGCGGGACAGUUUUGUCAAAGAGAGUCCCAACCGCAAAGAAUCGAGUUUGUACAAAUAGAAGACAUUGUACUCAUUAACAUGGGUCACAGGCUGCUGUAUAUCUUUUUGGUAGCGAUAGUGCUGGCCACUGCAAUUCCGGCCAGGGCAGUGGAGGGGAGAGUGGAUGGGCGGCUCUGUCCUUUUGAAUUGGGCUUUGCCCCGUGCAACAAUGCGAGCCGCCUCGUGUGCUGCCUGGGAUCAUGCGGUUCCCAGAACUGCUUUGAGGUUGACCAGCCUGACGCCAUGAAAGCAAAGUCGCUGCGCAACACGGGUGUCACCAUCUUCAAUCUCAUAAAAGCCUUCAGCCAAGGCGACUGGGAGGCGGUAACCUCGCUGAUGGCCGAAGGAGCCACGAGUAGCGGGCCAGGGUUUGAGGGGGGCUUGUCAGCUAAGAGCCCCCGAGCGCUGCAGUUGCAGCAGGCAGCGUUCACAUAUCAACCUGGCCAAGACUUGAGCUCGUCAUUUCAAGUGCUGCAGUAUGACCUUCUGGGGGGCAGCCCCCUCAAGAGCAGAGUGGUCGCGAGGCAUCACACCAAGGCUUUUCAGUUUGAGGUGGAUGGAACGUUUGAGUUAACCGAUGUGGAGCCCGGGAAGAGGAAGUGGUUGAUCAGGGAAGCUCAUUUGAAGAACUUCCGGCCUUCCGGUUUUUGAGCCCAUGGCGGGGCAUCAGUUUUGUAUGGUAGCUUUUUAGAACAUUCUUGCGUGAACCUAGUGAGCAUUCUUGGUUCAUCCUUGUAAUAAGGAGGUUCCUGAGCAGACCGCCUUGCGAGUCUUGAGGACUUGAGAUUGCUGCGGCCAUCUAGAAGGUUUGUAAGAAGUUUUGGUUUAAAACCGCUUUAGAUCUAUUGGUCUAGUGAGUGAGUGUAAAACAUAUGAGUUGCGUUGAUGGAGUUUUGUUGGCCAGAGAGUUGAGGGGCUCGUGCCCUUUCCGGACCAAAGUGAGUGUAGCCGAAGUCUUCAAGUGUUAGUCUGAAUAGUCGAGGCGAAGGUUGGAAGAAGAUCAGUUGCACAUUUUUGAGGCCCGUGCAAGUCUCUAGAGUAGUGAGAACGUUGUGGGAUCCUUUCGUACCGAGUCUAAUCUUUCAAUGUGACCAUCGCUUUGAUGGCGCUUAGCAUUGUGACAACUCAAAGGCAGUACCCCCCAUGUGCUGAUCAUUGGCAAGUGCUUACCAGCUCAUGCACUGAAG